UUUUUUUUUUUUGCGAACCUGCCUUCACCUGAGAUCCCGAAGGAGGCAAAGGAGCAAUGCUCCACUUCCUGCGGCGUUGCCGCCGCUAGAACAAAAUUCCCCCAAGAUCCAGUUGGAGGGGCAUGGCAGAAGCGGCCGUCGGCGAGCCUCGCCUCCCCGAGGAGAUCGUCACCUGGGAGAUUCUCAUCCGCCUGCCGCCGAAGGUCCUCAUCCGGUGCCGCGCCGUCUGCCGCUCCUGGCACCGCCGCCUCACCUCCGACGCCAAAUUCCUCCUCGCCCACCACCGCCGCCAGCCCUCGCUCCCGCUCGUCACCACCCAGGACACCCAUGAGAGAAGGAUCGACGUCCUGGACCACAGCACCGACGAGCGGCGCCCCGUCGCGCGGAAGGUCCGGGCCGCGGCCGACGAGCACUUCGACGUGCUCGCCUCCUGCGACGGCCUCCUUAUCAUCGUCGCCUACGGCGGCCUCUACAUCUGCAACCCGGCGACUCGCCAGCACGCGCCCCUCCCGCUUCUUCACGUCUACUACAUCUCCGGUCUGUACUUCCACGGCCCGUCGGGCUCCUACCGAGUUCUGUGCUGCUUGAAGACAACCGAGGACGGCCAGUUCCGUGCUGCAUACCAGGUGUACACCCUUGGGUCCGGCGAGCUCAGGUGCGUCGGGGAGCCUCUCGAGCCGUGGGCGUCCGGGGACUUGGCGCAGGCGAUGCCGAUGAUGGCGUUCCUUCACCCGCACGUCCUGGCAGGCGGCCGGAUUUACUGGCAGCCCAUUAAGUUGCCUGGUUCUGGUGGUAACGGCAAGGUUAACAACAUGCUGGUGUUCGACACCAUGGCCGAGUCCUUCCAGCAUCUGCUUUCUCCAGUUGACGGCUCUUUUCUUGAGCCGUUUGAGAUGAACGGCACUCUUGGAUUGUAUGAUUACCAUGGCAGCACGGCUGAUCUCUGGGUUCUUGAGGAUCACAAGAGUUGGGCCUGGUCAUUGAAGCACCGGAUCAAAUUGCGGGUGAUGACCUUCUCUCUGGUGCCGGACAUCCAAGGUGUGUUCCUUCUUUCUGAAAAAGAGGAAUCAAACUUUCUGUGGCAAUAUCUGCAGCAUGUUUCUGGUGCUGAUGGUAGUUUGUCCACACGGUAUGAAUGGAGCGCUUAUCUGAACCUUAGGAGAUUUAGGCUCAGAGAAAGUCUUGUUCAACAUUCCUUCUUCUCGAUGGAAGGUGAUAAUGGUGGUGGUGUGGAUGGGAAGCCGUUGUUCGAUGGGUUGUCAGUUGUGAAGGUGCUUACUGCUGAUAUUUCGGAUCUGCACUAGGGAAUCCAUGAUGGACAAGUCCAUUGCAUUGUUGCAGGGGUGAGUCAUUGGUGAUGAUGUUUUUAGUAUGUCUUUGCUAUCUAAUUCUGUGUAUGGUGCAAAGCACCCAAUAAGCAAGAGAUGAGUAACCUGAUAUCGUGCCUGAAGUUUCUGGUGCUCCCCCCCCCCCCCCCCCCCCUUCACAUGGUAGGCAUGCAGAAUAAAGUGGUUGUCAUAUCAGGCUUAUUUAGUUUCUGCACUAUAAUAAACUUUGUAAAACGCUCUGCCAUUUUUGCUGCUCACUUGUGCGCAAAAGAUGCAAGAUUAGCUAGGGCUACUUUGUCCUGGACUCAUGGUCACACUAGUACCUGCCUUCCUUGUGUACUACAGCAUGUCUGUAGCCUGCUUAAUCAACAAAGAGGAAGCUCUUGGUAUCAAUCAAAGAAAAUGAAAAAAAAAUGAAGUGAUUAUCUUA